GCGGGAUGUAAUGGUAAUGACUAACAGCAGUCAUGUGACCACUAGAGCCGUAUUGUAAAUAGACCACAGGCGCCAUGCCUUCGUAACCUCUUUAAAAACUCCACGAAAGGUCACUUAUUCCCGUUCAGGGACUAGUUAUCACCCUUGAAGGCUUAUCCGCACGGUUCCGCUUCGUCCGGGCGUGUAAAGUGUUAAAAAACAACAACAGCAUGUACCGGACUCUGUACGCCUUUCGGUCAGCCGAGCCCAACUCGUUGCACUUCUCUGCCGGAGAAAGCUUCCUAAUCCUGGAGAGGAGCAACAAACACUGGUGGCUGGGCUCUCGGUGCAGCUCCGGUGAGACCGGCUAUGUCCCCUCCUCAUACAUCGAAAAAAUUCAGGCUCCAGAGCAGGAUGAAGUGUUGCAGUCCAUCGACAGAGCGAUGGAAGGCAUCCACAAUGUUGCCCUAAAGAACGGAGGCAAAUACAAUCUGGAACAGCGGGAUGUUCUACAAAAGUUGAUCCAUCACAGAAAGGAAACCCUUGCACGGCGGAGCCUCUCAAAUCAUCCUCAAGGCCUCCCAGCUUCCAAUAGUGAAAUAUCUCUGAGUCAGACUCCUCCCAAUGGCCUUAACCGAGACUAUGGAAGACAAGGAGGUGUGCCGCUGUCAGGGAGCAUGGACAGCAUGCACGCACAGCCGGGCUUUUAUCAGGUGCCACCGCAGCCUCGACGCGCGGCUCCAAUAACGCCACCCCCUCCUGAGAAGCAGAGGAACAGCCGUCGUGCAGAGCCGGAUGUCCCUUCCAGGGUGUCCUCUCUCCCACCGUCCCCCGUCCCCUCUCUCACAAUCAGCACGACCUCAUUAGAGUCUGGCUCCUCCCACUCCGCGCUGUCCUCUGACGUCAGCCUGCCCAGUGUCUCCAGUACUCCCCCACCCCCAGUGCCAUCCCGCGUCAAGCCCGCCGCCUCCGCACCACCUCCAGACACCCACCCACAGUCCGCCCCGGUCAAGAAGAGCCCGGCUCCUCAACCUCCUCAGCUCGCUGCUGAGGAGAAGCACCCGGAGAGCGAGUGGCCGAUGGCCCCCCCGUCUGUUGCAGAAAGCCCCUGUGGCAGUCCGGCUUCCCCCGAGCCAGUUCCCCCCACUAUCGGGGCUGAGCUGAUCGAGUUGGUGCGGAAGAACACUGGCUUGAGUUACGAUCUGUCGCGAGUGGCUGUCGGGGUGGUGGUGGGCCACCUGCAGACCACCCUGCCUGGCGCCUCCUCCGACCUGGAGCGAGUUCUGGUGUCGCUGGUGGAGAACAAGGACUCCGGUGCAGUGUUGCCACGGGGUCAGGUGUGUCACGACGAGCAGCGGCUGGAGGUCAUCUUUGGCGACCUCACUCGCCACCGGGAUGACUCCCAACAACGCAGCUGGGCACUUCAUGAAGACCACGCCCUCAUCGCGUGCUACCUGGAGGAGCUCCUUAAGAUACUGACUGAUGCUGAUCCUGAGGUGUGUAAGAGGAUGUGCAAGGCCAGCCACUAUGAGAAUGUGCUCUCUCUCGUUUCCUACUAUCAGAUGGAGCUUCGUGUGACUUUGCGCCUGCUGCUACUUAAAGUGUUUGGUGCAAUGUGCAGCCUGGAUGCUGCGCUCAUCUCCACACUCCUCAACUCCAUCCUCCCCAUGGAGCUGGCCAGAGACUUACAGACUGACACACAAGAGCACCAGAAGAUGUGUUACACAGCCUUGGUGCUCAGCAUGAUCUUCUCAAUGGGUGAACAGGUGCCAUAUCAUCACUACGAACACUUGAACGCAGAGUUUGUUCAGUUCCUGCUGGAUGUGGUGGAAGACGGACAUCCCUCCGAUCCCACGGAGCAGCUGCCGGACAUCUUCCUCAACCUACUGCUGGCCUUCAACCUGCACCACACAGUGCCAAGCAACAACGUGAUCAUGCAGCAGCUGAAGAAGAAAAAUGUGAAGAUUCUGUCUGAGAAAGUCCUGCUGCUCCUCAAUAGAGGAGAUGACCCAGUAUGCAUGUUCAAACACAUGCCACCCGCCCCGCACUCGGUGCUGAAAUUCCUGCAGGACGUCUUCGCUAUUCGAGAGACGGCCAACAUCUUCUACCGCACGGACAUGAUGGUGAUGAUUGACAUCGCCGUGAGGCAGAUCUCUGAUCUUUCACCUGGAGAUAAACUGCGGAUGGAGUAUCUCUCCCUCAUGCACUCCAUCCUGGGCUCAACCGAUUACUUCGAGCACCAGCACCGGCUCUCCGACUUGCAGGGGGCGCUGCAGGGGAUUCUCAGGGAGGAAGACGACCCUGGCGAAGAUGAAGGGACUGCUACAGCGAAACAGAUGGAUAAGCUAAUUGUACAGCAGAUUUACAAAGAGUUCCCACAGAUGACCCAAGUCUAACCAUAUCAGUAUCACACGCACGCUUAUACACUUACACAUUCUCUUACACACAGUAGUCCACUGCAGGGAGGCACAGUGUAGAAAACCAUGCCCUUUUGGAGGCUGAGUGCCACUCACUCAAAGGAUGCUCAUAGAUGCAAUUACUACUAAUGCCAGUGUUUCCUAGGACGUGUAGUCCGCUGCUGCAGUAUGCAUGCAAUGUGGGGGAAUUCUUACAGAUUUGACCAUUUCUGAUGAUGACUAUUAUUUUUGAAUGAUGUGUUGUGCUUGCUUGAGGGUUGAAAAAUGCAAAAAAUGUCAAUGCGGUUUAUUCUUAGCUGUAAUAUAGAAUCGGCCAAAACAAAAAGCUGUUUGACAGUGAUUUGUUCGCAAUAAUGAGCCCUAAUAGUUGCUUUUUUGUUACUUAAAAGUCCCAUAUCGUGCCAUUUUUAAUUUUGAAUAAGUAUCAGAGGUGCCACAACUGUUUAUUAUGAUUGUGUUGUCCUGAAUCUACCCUGAAUGCUAAGAUUCAGACAUUUAACAGUGCUGUGUGUGAAUAGCUUUAAUCCUAAUGAGCUAUGUGCUAUUGUGCUCUUUAUCCACUUUUGUCCAGCAUAUGUGACUUUGAAAGUAACAUAAAUUAACCAAAAAUGCACGCAACCUUUUGCAAUAGUGCCAUGUAAUGACUAUAAGAGUAAUGUGAGCCACUGAGAGCAUUAUUUUCCUUAAAGAAAUUAAUAUAUAUUCUUUUAAAACUGACUUUACCCUGCCUAAGGCAGGUCAUCCAUAUUUCUGACUGGACUAACUUGUAUCAUUCAUUAUUCGUUAAGCUUAUAAUCAAGCAGAACCGGAUGAACACGUUGGCGCAUAUCAUUAAGUUGUGUACUUACUCAUACAAAGCUCCUCAAGCAUCAGUAUCGUUCAUAUCUUAGGGGCCUGAAGUCCUUGUUUUUCCACAUUGCUGCUUUUAAACUCCAACAGAGGUGUGUAGCUUCUGCUGACAUCCUGUACUUAAUAUGUGAGCGAACACAGCUGUUAUCACCCACCGAAACUCAAGACGUUAUUAAAAGUUAAUAUUUUAACAUUUUUAGAUGAUUUAUUCACAUUGUAUCAUAAUCAGUGGUGUUCUCUUAUUUUACAAGUUAACAAUAUCUUUUUUGUGUCCGUGACAUGCGCGACCCCAAAAGGGAAUAAGCGGUAGGAAAUGGAUGGAUGGAUGGACAUGGUUACAUUAUUUUUAUAUUGUGGACAUAAUACUGCAGUGAUAUCAGUUGUUUUUAUUGUGUUCAAAAGUCCACCAUGUGUGAGUUUACAGCAAGGGUGAAAGAAGUGAAAAUGUCCUCUUCCUUGUUUACAUAAAACAUCAUGCAAGAGUAAAACUAAUAAAGUUAUUUUUAAAAGUGAAA